CUGUUUAGCCCGCAGCCUGUCUGUCUGUCCCCAGAGCCAUGGAGAGAGCAAGUCUGAUCCAGAAGGCCAAGUUGGCAGAGCAGGCUGAACGCUAUGAGGACAUGGCAGCCUUCAUGAAGAGUGCCGUGGAAAAGGAUGCGGAGCUAUCCUGUGAAGACCGAAACCUGCUGUCAGUGGCCUACAAGAAUGUGGUGGGUGGCCAGAGGGCUGCCUGGAGGGUCCUGUCCAGUAUUGAGCAGAAAAGCAAUGAGGAGGGCUCAGAGGAGAAGGGCCCAGAGGUGAAAGAAUACCGGGAGAAGGUGGAGACUGAGCUCCAGGCUGUGUGCAACACCGUGCUGAGUCUGCUGGACAACUACCUCAUCAAGGAGACCGGUGACCCCGAAAGCCGGGUCUUCUACCUGAAAAUGAAAGGCGACUAUUACCGCUAUCUGGCUGAGGUGGCCACCGGUGAUAACAAGAAGCGCAUCAUCGACUCUGCCCGGUCAGCCUACCAGGAGGCCAUGGAUAUCAGCAAGAAGGAGAUGCCACCCACCAACCCCAUCCGCCUGGGCCUGGCCCUGAACUUUUCGGUUUUCCACUACGAGAUUGCCAAUAGCCCUGAGGAGGCCAUCUCACUGGCCAAGACCACCUUCGAUGAGGCCAUGGCUGACCUGCACACCCUCAGUGAGGACUCCUACAAAGACAGCACCCUCAUCAUGCAGCUGCUGCGAGACAACCUGACUCUGUGGACGGCCGACAACGCCGGGGAAGAGGGGGGCGAGGCACCUGAGGAGCCCCAGAGCUGAGCCAUGCUGCUACCCUCCCUGCCCUACCCUGCCCUCUCCAGUCCCCCACCCCCAGCAGAGAGGACUAGUAUGGGGUGGGAGGCCCGACCCUUCUUCCUGAAUGCUCUGCCCCAGCUCAGAGAGGCUCCACAGAGAGGGACCAGCCCAGCUGAGGCCACCUGGAGCCAUUGGAUCCCACCCUUCCGGGGCUGUCGGGCACUCCUAACCACUGGUCAUUCCACCCAGCCCUGCUCUCUGCACCCCCUCCUUGAGACCCUACCCGUGAAUGGGGCCGCUUCCUCCUGGCUCUUGACUCCCUCCUGACCCUGCUGCCUCUGGAUCUUAGGAACUGAGGAGUGUCCCACCCUGUGGCUGAGAAUUGGACCGUGUGGCAGAGGCUGGAAAUAAGUGUGUGUGUGUGUGUGUGUGUGUGUGAGAGAGAGAGAGAGAGAGAGAGAGAGAGAGAGAGACUCAGAAUGAGAGGGAAAGCAUGUCUGCUGGGUGUGACCAUGUUUCCUCUCAAUAAAGUUCCCGUGACACUC